AUUUAUUUUAGUGUUACAAUUUUUGGAGAGGAAUUUUUUUCGAUGCCAAUGUUUUGACAUAAGUGAAAAUACAAACAAAUGUAAUAAUCAACAAUGGAGUUUGAGAAAGGAUGAUUAAAGACACAAUAUUCAGUUGUUGAAAUAAUUUCAUGGUUUAAGAAAAUUCACAAUGGGAACUGGAAUUCCCCUUCUGAACGAAUAUAAACGAGAAUUCCUUUCUAAAAGAUUUCCUCAGACACUGCUUGGAGGACCUAAAUUAAGACUUGGAUAUGAAGCACCUGUUUAUGUAUAUUUCCAACAGCUGCUAUUAUUUCUGUUUCCCUUUCUUAUUGGAGGUAUAUUCACAUUAUUAGUAGAACUUAAAACCAUAGAUGAUUAUGUAGGCAGUAUUAUAACUGGAAGUUUGAUUUUUACGUGUGUGUUGAUUGUGCAGUUGACAUCAACAAUAGUUCAAGCUCAAAACUCAUCAGACCUUCCAUAUCCUACGAAGAAAAAUCUUUUAGCAGAGGAAGAUGAAAUCGACUUCUUCUCCUGCUGUGGUGUUGAAACUUUGGAAUUUGUUGUACCAAAAAAGAGAUUCAAGUUUAAUAUUGUUAUCCAUGCAGUAUUGUCAGGAUUUGUGUGUGGGUUGACCUUUAUGUACUUACUGCCAAUGACACUGAAUUCACUUUACAGUCACAACACUGGGGCAACAGUAGUAUUGUACAUAUUUGGUUGGUUGACAUUAUGCAUAGCUCAGUACUCCUUAUCUGUAGGGUCACCACCAGAACCUAAUACUUACAAAACACAAGAUAGCUGGGAAAUAGCUCCACUAAUGAGGUCACUGUAUGUUCUCAUUUGUGUUUCAAUUUAUCUUAUGAAUAGGUAUUACUCAACAGUUUUCAAUACAGCUGACCAAGCACUUCACAUAGUAUUUGCCUGUUUACCUCUUGCUUGGAUAACAGGCUUGUUACCUCCCUUAGAUGCUUUCAUUCUCUGGUUAUUUGAACAGAUUCAUGUAUUUAUGUUAGGAGGAUCUCCUGUGUCCUCUGAUAUCAGAUUACUUGUCUUGAUGGCGAUUUCAUUUACAGUAUUUCUUGCUGCCUACUUUAUAAAGAAAAGUAUAGCAACAGUUGUUAUAUGUGCUUUGAUGGGAUACUUACUUAGCCUUGACCUUGGUGCAGCAGCCAAUAACAUUUAUCAUUACUUACUGUUUAGGAAUAAAGUGACAUCGGGUACCAGUUCAAUGGAUGUCACGAGUCAGACAUCCAAAUAUGGGUUUUUAUGGAAAUUUGGAUUAUUACAAUGUCUUUACCAUUUUGUCAUGAUAGUUAUAGUAGGAGUCAUGUCAGGAAUGUUAAAUUCUAACACAGGCACUGCCGGUUCUAUAGAUUCAAAUGCAUGGAAAACAAUCGGUUAUGUUAUAAUUGGAUGUUGUGUAGCAGAGAAAAUAUUUAGAGACUUACAGAAUGUUUAUAUUUUUUUUGGAUUGUGGAGAAACUUACCGUGUAUUUAUCCAAAUAGUAGAGGAAGAUCAUAUGACAAAAGAAGGCGGAGACUAAGAAUACUAGGUGUAAUAAGGAGAUUUAUAGUAAACUGGGUGAGUCCUUUCCUGAUGCUGGCUUAUAUAUCAAUCCUCAUCACCAGUACAGAUCCAGAUUCUGUGUCUCUGACAACAGGAAUGGACACUACAAUAGCUGUAUGGUACACAUUUGGUACCGUUAGAGUAUUCAGAUGGAUUUGGCAGGGAACAGUUAGUAGCCUGCUAGAACUCUCAAUUGUACACAUAAUACUGGUCGCCAUUCCAAACAAUACCACAGUUAUAAGUUAUGGAGUACCAAUACUGUCACUUCUUAUUGGACUUUCUAGAGACAGAUUUUUCCAGUUCAUCUACAAGUUAUACUUUGCCUUUACUCUUCUGGUCACAUCUGUAUCAGACAAGAAACAGAGGAGGAAGUCAACAAUUCCAAUAUUUGUCCUAUCAAUAUUGUUUUUCCCUGUGGUACUGGGAAUCAUUGGAGCAGCCACUGUUCUUUCUGCACCACUGCUUUCACUCUUUACCCUGCCUUUGUUCUUCAUUGGAUUUCCACGUCCAAACAAGUUCUGGCCUGAGGCAGUAGGAGCAUCGGCUAACAGUAAUCCAGAUACUAUGUUUUAUAUGCAAGUGGCUCCAAAGUUAUCACAAACUUUAAGGGCAGCAUUUGCAGAUGGUAGCCUUGGUGAACCAGUACCAGGUUUCCAUUACCUUGUCAGAUUUCAAGACAGACUUGUAUGGGUUAUGGUUCUUGAGAGAGGUUAUGGAUUCUGUUCUUUGAAUAUUAAAGGAUUGGAAUUGCAGGAAACAUCUUGUCAUACUGCUGAAGCAGCAAGGAUAGAUGAAAUAUUUGAAUCAGCUUUUGAAAAGGAAGAUGCUUCUUGCAUUGGUUAUAUCAAUGAGUAUCCAAUGCACACAUUAACACCAAUGGAUUCUGCUAAUGUAGAGGCAUAUUCUGAUGCUAGAAAUGUUUUGACAGGAAUUAUAGAUUAUCCAGCUAAUUAUGAUAUUGUCAUGAACUCUUUCAUCAAAGCUUUAGUAUGGGUUCUAAUAAGACAUGUUAAUCAGAUGAAAUUAAAGGAAGGAAAGAAAAAGGGUGAUGAGAGUCUGACUAAGUCUAGACAAAAACCUGUCGAAAAGGUAGAAUUGACAGAAUUCAAAAAGGAAUCUAAUAAUAAUUUUUCCAAUGGUCUCAAUGGAAACUUAAGGCAUUCCAAUAAUGUAACAAAUACAGAAAAUACAAGGAAAGGAAACUUGCCAGCAGUUCAUAAAACAACCGUGGAAGUUGUGAUAGAUAAAGAUAACAGAACAACUGUCCGUCCACCAUCUUCAAGGUCGGUAAAAAGGAAGUCAUCAUGGUCUUCACUCAAUAGUUUUACUGACAGUAUAUUUUCUGAAGAUGGUAUAUUCAAUGAUAAGAAACCACCAAAAAAAGAAAUAAAAAAGUCAAUAGUAUCAAAUAAACCAAUGAAAUCGGAUAAUGAUAUUGACGUCCUUGAUGAGAUGUUAGAUGACCUUGACUUUGGGUUACCAGCUAUGGAUAUUAACCAAAGAUCAAAACCUGUCAACAAUACAUCAAAGGCUCCAAUAAAAAAGAACCAGUUUUCUUAUGGAAACACAAUUUAUAAACCUGUCACUAAUCUAGCAGGGUCACCUGACUUUAAAUGCUCACAUUCCACUCAAAUAAGUUUACCAUCCAGGUGGAGAGAACUGCCAUUAGAAUAUUCACAGCUGUCUCGGUACUUAAGUAAAUUUCCACGAGACUGGUACAAACAUGUAUUGGGUACAUUAGACUGGUCAAACACUGGACUAUCAACACAACAAGUACUAGGAGAAGUUACCGGGGAUGAGGCUCUACUUAAUUGUUACUCACAGCUUAUCAUGGCUUGUUAUUCAAUUUUUGAAUCAAAUGGAAGUGUAAAAAGUGCUAGUCAGCUAUACAAGUAUUAUAAUGGUGAUUUACCUUGGAAUGCCAUGUUAGAUUGGUUGUCCGAAGACAAGCAGUUGCAUAACUUAGUUCUUAGAGCAUACAGGUAUGGUUUUAAGUUGAUGCUGGAUCAGAUACUGAUAGGUGAAGCAAACACUCCAGAGGAGACCCAGGAAUACUUUGAGGAGUAUGACAAAGACUGGUACAUUGGACUGGAAAAGGAUGAUGAUUGGAAGGCUGCUGUAUUGUCAUCAAGGAAACAGUUAUUCUCAAUGGGCCAUAAUAAAGCACAGGGAACCUAUAACAGUCGAGUUCUUUCCCUACAGCCAGUGAUGGCACACAUUGGGAGAAUGAAUCCAGAAGUAGUCAAGGGGCAGUGGGCCAAUCUAAGUCUGGAACUGUUAUACCUGACCAAUGAUGACGAGGAGCGUUACAGUAUACAAGCACAUCCCACAAUUCUCAGAAAUCUGACCGUACAAUCUGCUGACCCACCACUUGGAUACCCUAUUUUCUCAUCAGAACCUAUAAGCAUUCCAACACUGUGAUUUUAAAUGAGAUUUAUGUUUUUAUAUUUAUACACCCAAAUGUGACCCCAAUUGAUUUUUGAAGAUAGAUAAUGCAACUAUUAGGAAAUUUGAUAUAACUGAGGAAUUUAUUCUUGUAGUUUUAUUGAUUUAGAAAAAAGGCUCUUUUCUCAAAAAUCUUAGGAUUAUAAUUAAUAGUAAGUUAUACUGUAAUGUAUAUGACUUUUGAGUAUUUUUACUCUUCAGAUUUUUUGUGAAGAGCUGUAGAUCCUUUGAAGGUUCU